GUUUAGUUGUUUCUUGGAAGAUGGUCGACCGCGAUUUCGCGUUUGUGCUGGAGGACUCGGACGUCAUCUACGAGGAGGACAUCCUUCGCAAUCCGCACAGCGUGCAGGGCUGGCUGCGCUACCUCAACCAUCGCAAGCAGCGACCAGGACGCAACAUGAUCUACGAGCGUGCAGUCAAGGCACUGCCGGGAUCGUACAAGCUGUGGUACAUGUACCUCACGGAGCGCAGGCGACAGGUCAAGGGCAGGUGCGUCACCGACCCGUCCAUCGAGGCGCUCAACAACACGUACGAGCGAUGCCUCGUCUUCCUGCACAAGAUGCCCAGGAUCUGGAUUGAGUACUGCCAGUUCAUGGUCGAGCAGCGCAGGAUUACGCGCACCCGCCAUGUGUUUGAUCGGGCUUUGCGCGCCCUGCCCCUGACCCAGCACGACCGUAUCUGGCCAAUGUACCUCAAAUUUGUUCGCUCGCACCCAAUCCCCGACACUGCCGUCAAAGUGUAUCGUCGAUACCUGCAAAUCAACCCGCAAGACGCCGAAGAAUACAUCAACUACCUCGUCCAGGCUGAUCGGUUGGACGAGGCAUGCCAGCGUCUUGCGUACGACUGCGUCAACAAGGAAGACUUUGUCAGCCAGCACGGCAAGUCGCAGCAUCAGCUCUGGGUCGAGCUGUGCGAGCUCAUGUCGCAAAAUCCGGACAAGGUGGUGUCGCUCAAGGUUGACGCGAUUAUUCGUGGCGGCCUCAGCCGGUUUACGGACAUGACCGGCAAGCUGUGGACGUGUCUGGCAGAGUACUACAUUGGUCUUGGUCUGCUUGAGAAGGCGCGCGACAUUUACGAAGAGGCCAUGCUUGUCGUCUCGACGGUUCGCGACUUUAGUCAAGUGUUUGAUGCCUAUGCCCAGUUCGAGGAGCAGUUGCUCAAUGCCAAGAUCAAAGCAGCAACAGACGCGGAGGAUGAUGCGCCCGACGAAGCUCUGGACCAGGACAUUGACUUGCGCAUGGCGCGCUUUGAGUUUUUGAUGGACCGCCGUCCCUUGCUGCUCAACAGCGUUCUGCUGCGUCAAAACCCGCACAACGUGAACGAGUGGUUGAAACGCGCCGAGUUGUACAAGGGUCAAGACGACAAGAUUGUCGAGUCUUUCACCCAAGCCAUCAGUACCGUUGACGCCACCAAAGCCGUGGGUCGACUCGCUGACGUGUGGGUGGAGUUUGCAAAGUACUAUGAAAGCAAGAGCCGCUUGAAGGACGCGCGUGCCACAUUUGAAAAGGGCUCCCGAGCGCCCUUCAAGACUGUGGACGAACUGUCCCACCUGUGGUGCCAGUAUGCAGAGAUGGAGCUGCGUCAAAAGGCUCCUCAACGUGCCUUGAGCCUCAUGCAGCAGGCUACCAGUGCGCCGGCCCGAGCUGGCAAGAGCGUGGACUUUUUCGAUCCGGCUGAGAGUGUGCAACGCCGUCUCCACAAGUCGGUCAAGCUCUGGACCUUUUAUGUCGAUUUGGAAGAGAGCAUUGGAACUUUCCAGUCGACAAAAGCCGUGUACGAACGAAUUCUCGAGCUUCGCAUUGCCACUCCUCAGAUUAUCAUCAACUACGGGCUAUUCCUGGAGGAGAACAAGUUUUACGAAGACGCAUUCCGCGUGUAUGAAAAGGGCGUGGGCUUGUUCAAGUGGCCUGUCGUGUUUGACAUUUGGAACACGUAUCUGACCAAGUUUGUUCGCCGCUAUGGUGGCAACAAGUUGGAGCGCGCUCGUGAUCUGUUCGAGCAAUGCCUUGAAGGCUGUCCUGCCAAGUAUGCCAAAACCCUGUACUUGCUCUACGCCAAGCUGGAAGAAGAUCACGGUCUCGCGCGCCAUGCCAUGGCCGUCUACGAUCGUGCCACUCAAAAUGUCGAGCUCAAGGAGCGUUAUGAGAUGUUUAGCAUUUACAUCAAACGCGCUUCCGAAAUUUUCGGUGUCACGCACACUCGUCCCAUCUUCGACAAGGCCAUCGAGGUGCUCAACGACCGAGAAUGCAAGCAGAUGUGUGUCAAUUACGCCGAGAUGGAGCGCAAGCUUGGAGAAAUCGACCGAGCCCGAGCCAUUUAUCAACAUGCCUCGCAACUGGCCGAUCCUCGUGUGGACCCGCAAUACUGGUCAACAUGGCAAGAGUUUGAAGUUCGUCACGGAAACGAGGACACCUUCCGCGAAAUGCUUCGCGUCAAGCGCAGUGUCCAAGCGCACUUCAACUCGCAGGUCAGCUACAUUUCUGCGCACAUGGUUGCAGCCAAGCAGGCACCUCCCCCGACUCUUGCUUCAACCAUUCCCACCGACAAAAUGGCUGCAUUGGAAGCCCAAGUCACCGCGGACGCCGCAGCAGCUGGUGCGGCUGGCGGCAAGUCGCUGCAAUUUGUUCGCGCAGCUCCCGCUGCCUUUGACAAAAUGGGCGACAGCGUGCCCUUCAACCCCGCCGAAAUCAACUUGGACGUCGACGACGAUGAAGACGAAGAUGAUGAAGAUGACGGCAGCGACCAAACGAGUGACGCUCGUCCUUCCGGAGUCAAAAUCACCGAGAAGAGCAUUCCUGCGGCCGUGUUUGGCGGCAUUGCAAAACAAGCUUCGAGCGCCAUGAAUGACAGUUCCUAGACUGGUUUUUAAAAGAAUGUUGAAGCAGUGUUUAUUCACUCGAGUAGACACACACACACACACUGCAAUUCACAAAUACAAGGACAGGGUUCAAUCAAUC